CUCAUAAGUCAAGGCCCCACUGUACAUUCUUUUGCCUGAAUUUUUUCAUCUGCGUUAAGGUCUCCCACUAUGCGUGUGGAUUUAACCAUUUCUCCUUGAAAGUCUAGCUUCUCGUGUCGCACACAUACUGAGGCUGUGUUCGUCUUCUACUUUACAGUCAUGAAGGUGGAGGAGGAGGAGGCUGGGGUAGGGGAGCUGGACCCUGCUAGCUACAGGAGGCCAUGCCAGGACCAGGAAGACUGCCAUUCCAUCCACAUUGGGCUUUCCGUCCCCAGUUACCUUCAAAGGAAGAGAGACCAGAAGGGACAGCCCUCAGGCCAGCAGAAGGUCCGCUGGGUCCUGUGGCCGGACAGGGACCCGGCCGGCGCGGGGAGCAGGGCAAGCAGCGGGGACAGCAGUGCGGACCGUGCCAGCAGGACCCGGUCUCCAGCUGCUGAGCAGCUCCAGGACAUCCUGGGGGAGGACGAUGAGGCUCCCAACCCCACCCUCUUCACAGAGAUGGACACUCUACAGCACGACGGAGACCAGAUGGAGUGGAAGGAGUCAGCCAGGUGGAUAAAGUUUGAAGAAAAGGUGGAGGAAGGAGGCGAACGCUGGAGCAAGCCCCACGUGGCCACACUGUCCCUGCACAGCCUCUUCGAGCUCCGGACCUGCCUGCAGACGGGAACGGUGCUGCUCGAUUUGGACAGUGGCUCCUUACCACAGAUCAUAGAUGACGUCAUUGAGAAGCAAAUCGAGGACGGCCUCCUGCGGCCGGAGCUCCGGGAGAGGGUCAGCUACGUCCUCCUGAGGAAGCACCGGCACCAAACCACGAAGCCCAUCCACCGCUCCUUGGCGGACAUCGGGAAGUCGGUCUCGUCCCCCGCCGGUCGAAGCCUAGCCCGGAGCCCCCCAGCCGGCCCCAGCCUACACCGCUCCACCGAGGACCUGCGGGUGCAGCCACGCAUAAGCUACGGCCAUCUGUGUCACGUCCAGAGCAGAAGCAUGAAUGAUAUUCCUCGCACCCAAAACCCAGACCAGCGGAAAAACAAAUUCAUGAAGAAGAUCCCCAAGGACUCAGAAGCCUCCAAUGUGCUUGUCGGGGAGGUGGACUUCCUGGACCAGCCCUUCAUCGCCUUCGUGCGUCUCAUCCAGUCGGCCAUGCUGGGAGGGGUGACCGAGGUGCCCGUCCCCACCAGAUUUCUGUUCAUACUGCUGGGACCUUCUGGGAGAGCGAAGUCCUACAAUGAAAUUGGCCGAGCCAUCGCCACCCUCAUGGUAGAUGAUCUCUUCAGCGAUGUGGCCUAUAAAGCCCGCAAUCGGGAGGAUCUGAUCGCUGGCAUCGACGAGUUUCUGGAUGAGGUCAUUGUCCUUCCGCCUGGAGAAUGGGACCCAAAUAUCCGAAUCGAGCCCCCCAAGAAGGUGCCCUCUGCAGACAAGAGGAAAUCCGUGUUCUCCCUGACCGAGCUAGGCCAGAUGAACGGCUCUGUGGCGGGAGGCGGCGCGGCUGCAGGAGGAGGCCCUGGAGGUGGCAGUGGUGGUGGUGGGGUCGGCGGAGGGAGCAGCACGGAUGACAGAGAGAUGCCGGCCAAGCACGAGAUCGGGGAAGAGCUUAUCUGGACAGGAAGGUGCUUCGGGGGCCUGUGCCUGGAUGUCAAGAGGAAGUUGCCCUGGUUCCUAAGUGACUUCUAUGAUGGCUUCCACAUUCAGUCCAUCUCUGCCAUCCUAUUCAUCUACCUCGGCUGCAUCACCAACGCCAUCACCUUUGGAGGGCUUCUGGGGGACGCCACUGACAAUUAUCAGGGAGUGAUGGAGAGCUUCCUGGGCACCGCCAUGGCCGGCUUCUUGUUCUGCCUCUUCUCGGGACAGCCUCUCAUCAUCCUGAGCAGCACAGGGCCCAUCCUCAUCUUCGAGAAGCUCCUCUUUGACUUUAGCAAAGGCAAUGGCCUGGACUACAUGGAGUUCCGCCUCUGGAUUGGCCUGCACUCAGCCAUCCAGUGCCUUGUCUUGGUGGCCACGGACGCCAGCUUUAUUAUCAAGUACAUCACCCGCUUCACUGAGGAGGGCUUCUCCACCCUCAUCAGCUUCAUCUUCAUCUAUGAUGCCAUCAAGAAGAUGAUCAGUGCCUUCAAGUACUACCCCAUCAACAUGGACUUCAAGCCUGACUCCAUCACCACCUACAAAUGCGAGUGCGUCGCUCCGGACACAGCGAACAUAACCGGGUUCAAUGCCUCAGCCCUGCUGCCACCAAACACCAACACUUCUCUGUACAACCCCCUUAACCUCACAGCGCUGGACUGGUCCCUGCUGAGCAAGAAGGAGUGUCUGAACUACGGUGGCCGCCUGCUCGGGAAUUCCUGCCAGUUCAUCCCAGACCUGGCACUCAUGUCCUUCAUCCUUUUCUUCGGGACGUACUCUAUGACCCUGACCCUGAAAAAGUUCAAAUUCAGCCGCUAUUUUCCUACCAAGAUCCGGGCCCUGGUAGCUGACUUUUCCAUUGUCUUCUCCAUCCUGUUGUUCUGUGGAAUCGAUGCCUGUUUCGGGCUGGAAACCCCCAAGCUGCAUGUGCCCAGUGUCAUCAAGCCCACAAGGGCAGACCGAGGCUGGUUCGUGGCCCCUUUUGGGAAGAACCCAUGGUGGGUGUACCCAGCGAGCAUCCUGCCCGCCCUGCUGGUGACAAUCCUGAUAUUCAUGGACCAGCAGAUCACAGCUGUCAUCGUCAACCGGAAGGAAAACAAGCUGAGGAAGGCUGCUGGCUACCACCUGGACCUGUUCUGGGUGGGCAUCCUUAUGGCCCUGUGCUCCUUCAUGGGGCUCCCCUGGUACGUGGCUGCCACCGUCAUCUCCAUUGCCCACAUCGACAGCCUCAAGAUGGAAACGGAGACCAGUGCCCCAGGGGAGCAGCCCCAGUUCCUGGGGGUCAGGGAACAGAGAGUGACCGGCACCAUCGUCUUCAUCCUGACGGGAAUCUCCGUCUUCCUGGCUCCUAUCCUGAAGUACAUCCCCAUGCCUGUGCUGUACGGAGUCUUCCUCUACAUGGGCGUGGCCUCCCUGAAUGGCAUCCAGUUCUGGGAACGCUGCAAGCUCUUCCUGAUGCCGGCCAAGCACCAGCCGGACCACGCCUUCCUGCGGCACGUGCCCCUGCGCCGGAUCCAUCUCUUCACUCUGGUGCAGAUCCUCUGCCUGGCCGUGCUCUGGAUCCUCAAGUCCACGGUGGCCGCCAUCAUCUUCCCGGUCAUGAUCCUGGGCCUCAUCAUUGUCCGAAGGCUGCUGGACCUCGUCUUCUCCCAGCACGAUCUGGCCUGGAUCGACAACAUCCUCCCAGAGAAGGAGAAAAAGGAGACAAAUAAGAAGAAAAAGAGAAGGAAAGGGGCCCAUGAGGACAGUGACAAGGAGGAAAACGAUCCUCCAGCUGGAGUUACUCAUUCUGAUUCUUCCUUCAGUGACUCAGAACCUGAUCGAAGCAUCACCUUGCACUUCAAAAUUUCCUGUCCAGCUUCACCUGCUUUCAACUACUCUCAGAGGCCAGUGUUCAUGGUGCCACAGGUGAAGAUAGAGAUGGAGUCAGACUGUGACUUCACAGACAUGGACAUGUACGGAAGAGACGCUGUCGGCGAGACCUCCCUCUAGGAGGCCACAGCGUCCCCAGAGAGGGGGCAGAGAGGGAGGGCAUGGUUUAGUCUUCAUCGUGAGGGUCUGGGCCACAACCCUGAACUUCUCGGAGCCCGUUUCCGUAUUUAUCAAACAGAGUCAUUAUUCCAGUUGAUGAAAAACUGGGAAUCCGUCAAUGAAAAGUACUACUUAGGUGCAAAAUCUCCCCUUCCUUUGUAGUUAUGCAACAACGAAAGCAAUAUGUUAUACAUUAUUUUAAAAUACAGGUCAGCAUAGAAAUUAUAACAUUUCUUUUGAAAUUAAAAAAAAGAAAAUGCUUACCUCCCAAAACUGUGGUUAAAGGUGCAAUAGUCCAUUUUUAUUGAAAAUAAAUUAACAGUUGAGAAUUUUUUUUUUUUAAUAUAUUUUAUUGAUUUUUUACAGAGAGGAAGGGAGAGAGAUAGAGAGUUAGAAACAUCGA